CGAUACUUGAAUUUCUGAAUUCUCUCUAAAAUUUCAACUAUCUGAGCUUGGACUGUCCAACUCUUCUUCCUAAAAUCAUCAUACGUCUUGAUUCUUAAAGAAUAUAGUGGAAUUUUCACACUCUGUACAUGGAAGAAUCCACCGAAGAAUUGGAACCGCUUUUCGAUUACAGCCGCGUUCAGCCGAAAGAUGUCAUAUGGAUUGAUGAUGCCGACGACUGCCUCGAUUCGCCCCCAACUCCCUCUCGGAAACGUAAAAGUAGUAGCACUUCCUUAGUUGAAGAAGCGGGUAAAAGCGGCAAAGUUGUAAAUGUCACUGAUUCUGAAGAAAACGAAGAGGAUUGGCUCCCUCCUCCACCUAAGAUUUCGAAUGCUGCACUGAAAAUCGAACCCGAUUCAACCAUAAAAGAGUUGAGGUUAAAGAAACAGGAGUUGGCGUCAUUUGCUCAGUCAGCUGAAGAUGAGUUACGAGCUGUUGAAGAAUCAGCCAAAAGAGAAGUUAGUAGUUCGAUGCAGUCUUUGUUAAAUUCUCAGGAAAGUCAACCAUCUAAGCCUCUUGAUGAGAGAGCUAAGGUUGUCAUUUCUAUCCAGGACAAGGAAGGGGUCAAACAAUUUCGUGUAUUCAUGGAUGAGAAGUUUGAGAGGAUAUUCAAAAUGUAUGCUGAAAAAGUUAAGCGCGACAUAGGAAGCUUAGUUUUCUGUUUUGACGGAGAUAAGAUAAGUCCAACUGCAACUCCUGAUGGCCUUGGCAUGGAGGACAAUGACAUAAUUGAAGUGCAUGAUAAAUCGAGAUGACCAGACUGCAUUAGCUCCAUGCCUUUCCUGCAAUUUUUGAGCGUAUGCAUGUGCUUCUGAUUAUCUUGUAUUGUUUCCAUAUUACUUUCGGUGUUUUGACAUAUAUUUGUAACGGCCUUGGCAAAAGAAUUCGGUAAAGCAAGUGUAAUUUUAGAGUUGUGAAUUUGUGAUAAAUAAGUUGGUUUUGAAGAUGUUCUGGAAUCAUUUGGUCA